AUGUUUAUGUUAUCGACGGCGGCCUCCCGGUCCAAGCUAUCCUCUGUCCUGCGUCUCUCCCUGCAAUUCCACUUCCGGUCCGUCCUUUCAAACAAACCGGACCAGGGCAGGGCCGUUCGUGUCACCGCUGGCUGCCCCUCCUCCAACCACUUCCUUUACGAGGGACGUCAUACGCGAUUCGCUGACUGGCGGUUCAUCCACAGGGCGCGGCUAAAUGUUCUCCCCCUCAACGGUUGCAGACGGUGGGGUGCCGGCGACCGCCGGUGUCGCCGGUGUGGCCGUCAUGAUGAGACCACGGCACAUGUGCUUUGUCACUGUUUGCCUACCAUGUCCGUGGUAUCUAAGCGGCAUGACGCGGUUCUUGACCACCUGAUCGCUGCAAUCCGUCCGUCGCCGGGGGUGGAGACGCGCCGGAAUCAGCGUGUCCCUCUGGAUCGCCUGCUGGCCAGCCGUGAGGUCCCGGAUGACUUGGUACGCCUCCGUCCGGAUGUGGUGGUCAUCGAUGAUUCCCGCAAAAUUAUUCGAAUUGUCGAUGUCACCAUGCCCUAUGAGGACGGUUGGCGGGCUAUAGUCGAGGCGAGAGAAAGGAAACACGCCGCUUACGCCCCGCUCGCCCGGUUCCUGCGCUCCGGCGGCUUCACAGUAACUGUGGAUGCCUUUGUCGUCGGCGCGUUGGGGGCUUGGGAUAGGGCUAACUGGGACACUCUGGCUCGCCUGGGUGUCUCACGGCAGUACGGUGUCGCCCUUUCCCGCCGUUGUGUCUCCACAGCGGUCCAAUGGAGCCGGGACCUCUAUGUCCAGCAUGUGACUGGUGUGCCCCAGUACCGUCAAACUCGGGAACAAAAUCUUGACCAGGAUCGGUAA